AUGGCCUCCAGAGACCUGACUGUGGGCUUCGUCUUCUUGUCCCAGACAGCACUGGGAAUGCUGGGGAACUCAGUCUUACUUUCUUGUUUUAUCAUUGCUGAUUUCUCUGGAAUCAGGGUGAAACCCACAGACAUGAUUGUCAAACACUUGACCAUAGCCAACUUCAUUGUUCUCUGCAAAGGAAUCUCCCAGACAACAGCUGCUUUUAGUAAGACUUACUUUCUAGAUUAUGUUUCAUGUAAACUCACCUUAUAUUUUCAUAGAGUUGCCAGAGGAGUAUCCCUUGGCUCCACAUCCCUGCUGAGUGUCUUUCAGGCCAUCACCAUUAGCCCCAGUAAUUCCAAAUGGGCACAGUUCAAGGUCAGAGCCCCCAGGAUCAUUGGUCCUUCCCUGGGUCUGUGCUGGGCCCUCCAGAUGUUGAUAUAUGCCUUCAUUCCCUUGUACACAACUGACAUAAGGGCUGGAAGAAAUGUUACUGGAAUAAAAUAUUUUGGAUACUGUGCUGUCGUGAACCCUGGAAGAUUAAUUAACGCACUUAAUGCAAUUCUAUUGACAUCCAAUGAUGUCAUGUUUUUGGGAUUGAUGAUGUGGGCCAGUGGCUAUAUGAUGUUUAUCCUGCGCAAACACAAGCAGAGGGUCCAACACAUCCAUAGAUCCCUGUCUUCUAAGUCAUCAUCUGUGAGCAGGGCCACCCAAAGCAUCCUCACCUUAGUGAGCUGUUUUGUUUUUUUCUAUGUACUCUCUAUUGUGAUUACAUCAUACCUGUCUGUGAUCGAUGGGACCAUUCAGUGGCUGUCAAAUACCAAUUUAGCCUUGGCUAUGUGCUUUCCAGCAUUCUGCCCCUUUCUGCUGAUCAAACACUAUGCUUCCUUUUCCUGUCUCUGCUGUACCUGUUCUCGCCAGACAACACACUGUGCUUGUGUAGUCAGAGAGCUCUAA